AUUUGACCCUUUGUUUAGACUUUGAAUUCUUUUAAUCCACCCCAAGAUCUAAAAAAAUCCCACACAGACAAGCUUAAUCUUCACUUUCACUCCACAACCACAAUCCUCCUCUUCUCCACUUUGAAGCAUAAGUUUGACACGACUCUAUCUGAAAAAUGGUGGUAGAGUGUAAGUUGACACGGCUCUGAAAACGGGGGCUGUGGAUUCUGAUCAUGCGACCUUGCGAAACUUCACAAGCAUGUAUAUUUGAAUAUUUGAACUUCGAUUUCACUACUAUCCUGAAAUAGAGCAGGCAGACGCCACCACAUCAACCCUUUAAACCUAACGCCGAGAAAUCAAUAAUCCGUCAACUUCUACGGCCUCCAAAUUCACCAAAAAUGGAUUCAGUCAGUAAAACUAAGCUCAUUUAUUUCCAGGAUAUGUUGACUCUUCAGUCAAAGUCUUCAUUCAUUUCUCACUUUCAGGGAGAAGAUAACAGGUCUGCUUUGAUAUUGGAAUCCACCAUUUUUCAUCCACAAGGAGGCGGACAACCAUCAGAUAUUGGGUACAUUUCCAAUGAGAAAUCCGAUUUCAAAUUCAUUGUGAAUGAUGUUAGAUCAAAAGAUGGAGUGGUACUCCAUUAUGGGUGUUUUGAAAGUUCUAGCGGCGGUGAACCAGAACUUGAAAAGGCGCAAGAAGUUUGCUUAUUCGUCGAUGAAAAGCGAAGGAUUCUUAAUUCUGGGUUGCAUUCAGCUGGACAUUUGUUGGAUACUUGCAUGCAAAAUGUGGGUUUAGGAAGUUUAGAGCCAACCAAAGGUUACCAUUUCUCUGAUGGGCCGUUUGUUGAGUAUAAAGGCAUAAUUCCACAAAAUGAAUUGCAAAGUAAACAAAAGCAGCUGGAGCUUGAGGCAAAUGCAUUAAUAUCCAAAGGAGGAAAGGUUUUUGUUGCUGUUCUUCCAUAUGACAAAGCUUCAGAGUUAUGCGGCGGGUCUCUUCCUGAAUACAUCUCCAAGAGUAGUACACCUCGUGUCGUGAAGAUGGGGAAUAGUCCAGGCUGCCCAUGUGGAGGGACCCAUGUUUCUGAUAUCAGUGAGAUCAAGAACUUGAAGGUUACUCAGAUCCGUGUAAAGAAGGGUUGCACAAAAGUGUUUUAUACCAUAGAGAUCUAACCUUGUCUGGUUCCAUUUGAAGAAGAGAAUCUAG